GUAGCGCCCACUUUCCAAGAUGGCGGGAGGUUUGCCCUGGAGCCUUGCUUAAACCGAAGGGAAAGCGCUUUCCUUCCGUGUUUUCUUCCCUGUCGAAGGACUGGGUCGAAGCCAGCGCCAUGAGCAACAUCUACAUCCAAGAGCCGCCCACCAACGGCAAGGUUUUACUGAAAACAACUGCUGGAGACAUUGACAUUGAACUAUGGUCAAAAGAGGCUCCCAAAGCAUGUCGAAACUUUAUUCAGCUUUGCAUGGAAGAUUAUUACGACAACACAAUAUUUCAUAGGGUUGUUCCCGAAUUUAUAGUGCAAGGUGGAGAUCCAACCGGUACUGGGGAAGGAGGAGAGUCAAUCUAUGGUGCUCCUUUCAAGGAUGAAUUCCACUCACGACUGCGCUUUAAUCGGCGAGGACUGGUUGCCAUGGCAAACGCUGGGCCUCACGAUAAUGGCAGCCAGUUCUUCUUUACUUUGGGUCGUGCAGAUGAACUUAAUAACAAGCACACCAUCUUUGGAAAGGUUACUGGAGAUACCGUAUACAACAUGUUACGACUUUCAGAGGUUGAAACAGAUGCAAAUGAAAGACCAAGCAAUCCAUAUAAAAUAAAAUGUACAGAGGUUUUAUUUAAUCCUUUUGACGACAUAGUUCCAAGAACCAGUAAAAAGCUGAAGAAUGAGAAACCAAUGGAAGAAGAAAAGAAGGUCAAAUCCAAGGGCACAAAAAAUUUUAGCUUGCUUUCUUUUGGAGAGGAAGCUGAAGAAGAAGAAGUGGAAGUCAACAAAGUUAGUCAGAGUAUGAAAGGAAGAAGCAAAAGCAGUCAUGACUUACUGAAAGAUGACCCCCUCCUGAGUUCAGUCCCUGCAAUUGAAAGUGAAAAAGCAAAUGAAAAUGAUAAUUCAGAUGAGGAGGAAGAGGAUGGAUAUUCUGAUGAAGAUGAUGCUAUUGAUAGUGAUGAAAAAAGUCAAAUGAAAGAACGUAUUAUGCAGAAGCUAAAGAAAGAUUCCAAUCUAGCUGGUAGAAAAACGACCAAAGAAUAUGAAACAGAGAAGAAAAGUAGUCGCAGUGAGGAGCUCCGGAAAGAAGCACGUCAACUUAAACGUGAACUACUUGCUGCAAAGCAAAAGAAAGAAGAAAAUGCCACCAAACCAAAUGAAAGUAAUACUGAAGAAGAGAAAGCUGUACCAAACAGCAUAGUUGCAGAAUACCUAGAAGAGAAGAAGAAAUAUGAACACCUGAAGAAGCAACAACCAAAGAAAGGAACCUCUCGUGAAGAUCAGACACUGGCACUACUGGACAGAUUCAAAUCAAAACUAAACCAGGCAAUAGAAGAAACUCCUGAAAAUGAAGCAUCUGAACCUGAAGUUGAGAAUGAUGAAGGAUGGAUGUCCCAUGUGCUCCAUUUUGAGGACAAAACCAGAAAAGUAAAAGAUGCAAGUGUGCAAGACGAAGACACUUUUGAAAUUUAUGAUCCCCGGAACCCAGUGAACAAGAGAAGACGGGAGGAAAGCAAAAAGAUUCUGAGAGAGAAAAAGGCAAGGAGAUGAAAUGAAUGUAAAGCAAGCCAGAGCCAGCUUGGAAAAUGCACAAAUGUUCUGGCUCUGGAGGAGCUGGUGUCCCAAAAUAUAUCACUUACAAGGUGUGAAAAGGAAUCUGGUGUCUGAUUUGGACACAGCAUUAUCUCCUUUGUUUUGUGAAUUCUGAUGUAAAAUAAGUAUGUGUUCUUAGAAAAGCUUUCUGUAACCAUUUUUAGCUAUUCCUGUGAAUAAAUGGCACAUUUUAUAUCCUCUA